CGGAGGAGCCUUGUUUUCACCUGAAUGCAAGGGUGCAUGUGCCUGGGAGUGAUUCCUAUUGGUUCUUUUCUGUCUGGGAAAGCCAGCCGAUGUUGCUUCUAUCUUAGGUGGCUUUGUUGAUGUAUGGCAGGACUGUCGACUUCACUUUGAGUCCUGACUCCCGAAUAAUUUGAAAUUAAGGAGAAUUUAGUAGCUCAUACUCUAAUUAGAAGAUGGCAGAAGGUUCCUGAUUUGCUCUCUGGCUUUUAGCUGGAGAAGUAACGUGCUAUUGUUUCUUCACAGAUGUGUGCAGACUUCAUUUUGGAUGGGUUUCUUUGUCUCACCUCUCCUACUUUCAAUGAAGCGUCUUUAGUACAGAGAGUGUUAGCUGAUCUCAUUCUGGGAAACAGACACGUGCAGAUACCUCCUGCUGCAGAGAGUGCUUUAAAAAGGAAGGUUUUCCUGGGCUUCUGCCUGCAUUCCAUAAAAUACUCAUUGCCUUUUAGGUAAGUGUAUGGCUUUGCUUUUAUCCAUUCUAAGCAGAAGAUAUUGAUUGCCUCUGAAACAUAUAUCAUUGUUAUAUUAAGACAAAGAGCCUGGGAUUUUAAGUAUUUUGCUCUCAGCCACUAAAUAAGUAAGUAAGGCCAGCCAUGACCAAGAUGCUGUCACCAAGGUUUCUCAUUUCCUGUCUGAAUAUUGCUAGCAAUUGUCAUUUGUUAUGGACAGUAAUGUUUAUCACUCACCCUCAGUUAUUCCAAAGGCGCUACUUAUAUGCCUGAAUUUGAAGACAACUUAAGAAAUGAGCCUGUUUGCUCCUGAUUAAGAAGUAAACUCUCUGAGAUUAGAGAGGAGAUGACAAUGUGGAUCCUGGGAGCUGAUGUGGUAAGCUUGCUGAUGAGAAUUAGAGUGAUGAGGACAGAGGCUGAGUUCCACUCUAGGGACUGUGACAGAGAGGACCAGAUAGAUGUUACAGAUCAGCCAGACCUGCAGACCUGGACUCAAGGUGCUUGGAUACACACCCUAGGCCUUCUUUCUGGUCUCUUCCACAAACAGAGACAACACAGAAACCUUUCUGAUUCUCCUCUUAUAGUCAGACCCAUUUACCCAAAGACAGGCUGAGGAAGGGGAUAAGCAGUGGCUAGAUAAGAAGCAGAUGGAUCCCUUUCUAGAAGGGCAGAAAACUCAAUGUUAUCAACCAAAAAUGUUGGGAAGAGUUAGAAAAACCUGACCUAUCUCUCUAGUUGAGUCAAACAUUCUGUGAGAUAAGGAGUGGGAAAGGUUCUCCAUAGAAACACAGCUACAACCUCUGACCACAUAGCAGGUGAGCAUGGCCUUUGCUUUGAUGGACAGCUUUCUUCCAGCCCCUUCCCAGCAUGUGUGUAUGGUAUGUCAUUGCUUACAUGGUCCUCCAUGCAUUUUAUGACUACUUCUAUUGAAUUCUUUAAGGUAGGCUUGGCUGAUGUUAUCACUUCUUCAGGAACCUCCCAGUCUAACUCUGAUGCCAAAGAAGAAUCAGCCUAGGCAAGGUGGAAUUCUGCAAUCUACAGCACGAGACUAAUUUUACGAAAACCCCCUGGCAUCCUUCAACACUGCACCCUGAGGUCUAUUCGCCGUCAUCAUAGAUCUCUGCCUGCAGUUGAGCACAAAGACCUGAAGGAGACUCCCACAGCCUUUAGGGAGAAGAAAGGAGGCAGCCAAGCCUAUUAAAAGGAACUUGUGGCUGUGGCCUUUUUGUGUAGGAGCGGCCUGGAAGGGGAGAAAAGUGCACCGAAGCCACAGCGGCGGUUAAUGAGCUGUGAGAUGAGGCGCAGCCGCGGCUGACACUGCUUCCAGGAUCCUUCAUCUGCCCUUUGUGCUUCGUGUACAUGUGUCUGUUCAGGCCGGCCAGAGGCACCCAGAAGAGCAUCCACCACGGCUGCCGGGGAAAGACCGCCCACCAUGCCCACGGAGACUCUACAGACAGGUAGCAUGGUGAAGCCUGUCAGCCCCGCGGGCACCUUCACGUCGGCGGUGCCCCUGCGCAUCCUGAACAAAGGACCCGACUACUUCCGCAGGCAGGCUGAGCCCAACCCCAAGAGACUCAGUGCGGUAGAGCGGCUGGAGGCUGACAAGGCCAAGUACGUCAAGAGCCAGGAAGUGAUCAAUGCCAAGCAGGAGCCAGUGAAGCCGGCCGUGUUGGCCAAGCCCCCUGUGUGCCCAGGAACCAAGCGCGCACUGGGCAGCCCCACUCUCAAGGUGUUCGGCAACCAUGCCAAGACGGAGAGCGGUGUGCAACGCGAGACCCUCAAGCUUGAGAUCCUCAAGAACAUCAUCAACAGCUCAGAGGGCUCCAGUUCUGGUUCUGGCCACAAGCAUAGCUCCCGAAACUGGACGCCUCACAGGGACACCACUGACCUGCACCGGCAUUCCUUCGCAGAGUCGCUGAAGGUGUACCCUACACCUGGCCGUGGCAGCCCGCAGGAGAGCAGCUCCCACGUGAGCAGGAGGCUGCUGGAGCAGUCUGCGGAGUCCUUCCUGCACGUCUCACACAGCUCCUCAGACAUCCGCAAAGUGACCAGUGUGAAGCCCCUUAAAGCCAUCCCCUGCAGCAGUUCUGCCCCUCCCCUGCCUCCCAAGCCCAAGGUGGCUGCCAUAAAGUCCCCCGAGGCUGACCAGGUAGAGCCAGCCUGUGGAGUCAGCCGAAGACCUUCCCUUCAGCGGUCCAAGUCAGACUUGAGUGACAGGUAUUUCCGAGUAGAUGCAGAUGUGGAGAGGUUCUUCAACUACUGCGGACUUGACCCGGAAGAGCUGGAAAACCUUGGCAUGGAGAACUUUGCAAGGGCUAAUUCUGACAUCAUCUCUCUCAACUUCCGCAGCGCAAGCAUGAUCAGCUCAGACUGUGAACAGUCUCAGGACAGUAACAGUGACCUUAGAAAUGAUGACAGUGCCAAUGACCGGGUGCCAUAUGGCAUUUCUGCCAUCGAAAGAAAUGCUAGAAUCAUCAAGUGGCUAUAUAGCAUCAAACAAGCUAGAGAGUCACAGAAGGUGUCCCACGUGUAAGAGGCACAGUGGUGAAAAAGAGGGAGGGGUGGGUCUGUCUGUGCAUACACAGUUGUGAAGGUUGUGAGGUCUCCUUGAAGUGUUGUGAGCUUCUCCACUCUUUUUGUUGCUUGUUGUGCAAUGUUCUCAAGUUGCAUGCCUGUCAACAUGGCACCUGGCCUGGCUUCCUUGUCACACCUCUGCAGAGCCUUGCUGAACACUCAUCUGCCAAAAGUUUCCCGCCAGAAUCUGAUUAGGGCUUUGCUCUUAAGCAAAACUGUUUACAGCAAAAAAAAAAAAAAAAAAAAAAAAAAAAAAAAAAAGAAAAAGAAAGAAAGAAAAAAUUGGUUUUGAUUUCUUCAAUAUUUAUGUGGUUUUGUGUUUUUAUACCCUACGCUAUUGUGUCUUAAUUAAAAAUUUUAUCAACUGGCUUUUAAGUUGAGAGCAGAAUCUUUUUGAAACAAAAAGCCACUUUGCCUACAUGGGAGACCAUAACACUGGGAAAAUAUGUGGGACUUGCCACCUGACACAGAAUGACUGACAGAGAGCCAGGCUGGAGUUUAUUUACGUGAAAUCAAGUGCUAGGCCUUGCUCUUGUGCUUCGAGCUUGGCAUUCUCUUGCCACUUUGUGGAGUCUUGUGGGGCAACAGUGUAGUCCUCGAUCCAAGUCAGUGUAUAUGUUGGUAUUUUUGUAGUUCUGACCCCAGGAAAGACAAUCAGAUAAAACCGGGAUAAGCAAAUGUAGAAGUUUCAAUGUUGACUGGGAGGAGGGGGGAAAGACUGUUGAUGCUGUUAAAAGUGGGAUAAUUCAGACAUCUCUAGUAUUAACCUGACAGGAAGUGCCACUCUACAGCUGAAUAAAGCUGGUAGGAAUGCUAUUUUUAAAACAUUAUUUUGUUUUGUGCUCUUGGCCAGGAACUACUAACUCCUAUCCUUUCUCUCCCUUGCUCCCAUGGUUGUUGUUCUGUUUGGGGCAGAUGGGUUGGGCUUCUGCAGGUUUGCACACUCUGAAGACGUCAAGGGAAGGGAGGAUACCAUUCCUGUCAGUAUAGUCUCCAUUCCAUAGUGUCCAAGUGGUGGCAGUUUCACAUCUCAGCAGUGUGAUACUGUCCCUUUGCAUAGUCUCCUCUCUCAGGCUGUGGGUAAUGUUACAGCUCUAGAAAACUGUGGAAACACUGUGGCUUUACACCUUGUUGUUUCUUAUUGCCACUUCCCACAGUAACCUGCCCUCCCUCGGGUGAUUCCAGGAGCUUGUGAGCCAGCUGCCAGUGUUGGCAGUGGAAGCAGAGGACCCCGGUGGUGGUCUGCUGCACAGCUUCAGAGCCCACAGGUUCACAUCAGAACCACCUUGGUCCUCAUCAGCUACUAGGAGCCUUUAAACAGGAUGAAUGCUGUAAGACUAUGUACAUACUUUAGUUGCUCUGGAAUCUGAGAAGAAAGUUAUGCUAAUAAAUAGCUCUGGCGUAGGCUUUACCUGUGCUGA